CGCGACUUGUGCACUAUGUUUGUUGCACGAAGCAUCGCUGCCGAUCACAAAGAUCUCAUCCACGAUGUGUCGUUCGAUUUCCAUGGCAGGAGGAUGGCGACAUGUUCCAGCGACCAGAGUGUGAAAGUUUGGGACAAAAGUGAAAAUGGCAAUUGGCAUUGUACUGCGAGUUGGAAGACUCACAGUGGUUCAGUGUGGCGGGUUACAUGGGCUCACCCAGAAUUUGGCCAGGUAUUAGCGUCUUGCUCGUUUGACAGAACUGCUGCAGUGUGGGAAGAAAUAGUUGGUGAAUCAAAUGAUAAACUACGUGGACAGAGUCAUUGGGUUAAAAGAACAACACUAGUGGACAGCAGAACUUCUGUUACCGAUGUAAAGUUUGCUCCAAAACACAUGGGCCUGAUGUUGGCGACCUGCUCUGCAGAUGGAGUGGUGAGAAUAUAUGAGGCCCCUGAUGUUAUGAACCUCAGCCAGUGGUCCCUCCAGCAUGAAAUCUCUUGCAAACUGAGUUGCAGUUGUAUCUCUUGGAACCCCUCUAGCUCCCGGGCCCAUUCUCCUAUGAUUGCUGUUGGCAGUGAUGACAGUAGCCCAAAUAUCAUGGGAAAAGUACAGAUCUAUGAAUAUAAUGAGAACACAAGAAAGUACGCUAAAGCAGAAACUCUAAUGUCCGUGUCUGACCCUGUUCAUGAUAUUGCAUUUGCACCAAACUUGGGGAGAUCUUUUCACAUACUGGCUGUGGCAACCAAAGAUGUCCGAAUUUUUACCAUGAAGCCUUUAAGGAAGGAAUUGAGCUCUUCUGGAGGGGUGACAAAAUUUGAAAUCCACACAGUAGCCCAGUUUGAUAACCACAACUCCCAAGUGUGGAGAGUAAGUUGGAACAUAACUGGCACAGUCUUGGCCUCAUCUGGUGACGAUGGCACUGUUAGACUGUGGAAGGCAAAUUAUAUGGACAACUGGAAGUGCAUUGGUGUUCUCAAAGGAGAUGGCAACCCUGUCGGUAAUUCUUACCAAGGCUUUUUUGGAUCCUCUGUUGGUUCAGCUGGUCAGAGUCUACAGAAUUCUGUAAAUGGAACACCGUCUUCUGGCAGAAAGCACAGCUGAUACCAAGCUAACUGGAGUAACUUUGCUGUUUUGCUGCUUGUUGCAUGCACAGGAAUGGAUGCCGAACUCCUUUCCCCCCUCCCCACCACAGUCUGAAUCAUCCCAAGAUACACGGGCAGCCUGCUUACUUCUAGAUGCAGAUCAAAAGACCCUUUUGUGUAGGUUUAUAUUCUUGUUUAGAGAAAAGAGUUAUAACAUCUUAGCUAAUUUCUUUGUCUCUAUGUAAAUGCAUCUGGUAAAGGUCUUUGCUAGAAAGCAGGAGAAUUUUCAUUUUUUUUUUCAAUUGCCCAUGACCACUGGUUUUGAGCCAUCAAGGUGCUAGAUAAAUAUGAACUGAAAUAAUCUUUUAUCAAGUUACAUAAUUAUGUAGAUACUAUUGUUGGACAUUUUUUGUCUUAGAUUUAACUUGUAAAAUGAUCAGCAUUUGUAAAUAAUUGAUAUGUAAACAAGUUUAUUAAAGAUGGUUAUAGUGGGGGGAAAACUAAUUUUUUUUUUUGUUACUUUUGCGUCUCAUAAAAAAUGCAAAUGCUAUAUUGCUUUACAAUAAAUGCACUAAUUCAUAGCUCCAUGCUGCUGUAAUCCCACAUUUCUUUUUACAUGGUAAAGGGUAAGUCAAAAUAAAAAUGUGCCUAAUAAAGAAAACAUAAGUCUAA